AUGGCAAACGAGGGCAUGUCCAUUGUUCCAUAUAGCUCCUCCAAAGAUGUCGUCCUGCGACACAAUGAUUCCAUUGUCGUUCUCGACCGAGACUCCCAGCAGCUCGUCCUCCAAAAUGCCGCCGAACACGAUGACGAACCUCAGUGCCCGUACUGCCGCCGGCCGCUACAAGAGGAAGACACUCAAGACAACCACCAUGCGCCGCCGGAAUUCAUCAGCCCGAAUUACUUUCGGAUGCUCCACGACAGUCUGCCCGGCUCGGUAGAACCGACCACGCCGGCCCCUACUCGGCGUUUUGCCCAGCCUGUCCUCUCAGAUGGUUCUUCGACCGGAUCUAGUUACAAUCAGAGGACGCAAACUGGACACGGAAUUUCAUCUGCGGCAUUUACCCAGGAUUACUUCAAAAAGUUCUUUGUGGAAGAAACCGUAUUGGGGAAGGGUGGAAAAGGCGUGGUGCUGCUCGUGAAGCAUGUGCUGGACGGCGUGUCUCUCGGACACUACGCCUGUAAACGUGUGCCGGUCGGCGACGACCACGAGUGGUUGGAAAAGGUGUUGAUCGAGGUACAACUGUUGCAGCACCUGUCUCAUCAAAAUCUGGUGUCGUAUCGGCACGUUUGGCUUGAAAAUGCCAAAAUCACUACCUUUGGGCCCAAUGUCCCGUGUGCCUUUAUACUGCAACAAUACUGCAAUGCUGGCGACCUACACAACUACAUUUGCGGUGCUAUGCAGACAUCGACGACGCCGCAGGAAUUGAAAGAGCGUAUCAGACGGCGUUCUAAAGGCGGACCUGAAGCUCCUCCUGAUGUGAAGGAACCACGAAAGCUUCAUUUCGAUGAGAUCUACUCGUUCUUUAAGGACAUCACAUCGGGUCUUCGGUAUCUUCACGCUAAUGGCUACAUUCACCGCGAUCUCAAGCCCAACAACUGUCUACUGCACAAGACCAGCGAUGGAAUUCGAGUCUUGGUCAGCGACUUCGGUGAGGUUCAGGCGCAGAAUGCCACACGAAUGUCCACCGGAGCCACAGGAACUUUGUCGUAUUGCGCACCUGAAGUGGUGCGGCGGGAAUAUCCCGACGGACCUUUUGGCAACUUUACCUUCAAGUCGGACAUUUUCUCUCUCGGGAUGAUUUUGUACUUCCUGUGCUUUGCCCAGCUUCCAUACCGAAACGCCGACCUCAUCCACGAGGAACGGGAGGACAUUGAGAAGCUUCGCGAAGAAAUCAUUGACUGGUCUGGGUUUGACGAGGGACGAAUGCGGCCGGACCUACCAGAGCAACUAUACACCUUCUUGUGGCGUUUACUGUCUGUCAAUCCAGACGGCCGUCCAUCUGCCGAUGAGGUCCUCGGCGGUCUUGAGGUCGGUGCCAGUGAGAACUUUCGCACGAAGAGGGCCAGCAGCAGUUCGUCGGCUCCUGAGGUUCAUACAAGUUCUCGUAUCCGGCCUCUCGACGAUCCUACAGAAUCGUUCGACGAGCCCCCUGUAUCCCCAAAGAGAUUCUCUCGAAGCCCGGUGGCUAUCCGCCGCAAUUCGAUGUUUGACUCUAAUGGACCAGUGGCGGAUCGAACUCCUGUUUAUGAAGAUACCAAUCAGGCGUCGGUCUCAGAAAGAAGGCCAUCGCUUGGUUCAGAGCAAGAACUCAUCGUACGGCCGCGCUAUUCCAGUUCACCUGGAGUCUCUCCCGGGAUUUCCCCUCCAAUGUCUUCUGGCCUCCCCGGAAUAUCUUCUGGACCUAACGAACCUCCCAUCCGGCACUUACUCCCGCCGCCACCCAGCCGAUUUUCUUCCCUGUGGCGUUAUACAUCAACUUCACAGCAACCCCUGUUCUCGAUAAAACUGGCUUUAUUCAUCGUCAAAGUUGCCAUGGUGCUCCAGCCAUGCACUCCGCUAACCGUCAACCCCUGGAUCCUUUAUCUUCUGCUCUUGGCGGCAGGUAUCAACCUCCGCACGAGAAGUGUCAAGCUGCAAGUUGCGUCUCUAGUGUUGCAUGUCAUGGUCGUUGUCUUGAGUAUGCAGUUGGGAAUGCUCUGCAUAUGGCAUGAUUCGACCCCUUAUUCUGUUUUCGGAAAAUAA